AUGUCAAGACCGUCCUCAUAUGCACCUCAGUCUGAAUCUUCGUCCCAGCAGGCCUGGGACCCCAACCCCCCCACAUAUGCUGCCUUCUCUCCAACAUCCACCUCUGGCUACUCCGCUACAUCGAAGCAGCGGUCUACCAUCAUCGUCCACAAAAAGUCGCCCUUGCUAGUAGCGACGCCACCUCAGAUCACUCGAGCCCUCGCCCAUUCACAUCCCUUCCUCCUACCGCUGAAUAGACUCGCCGGUCUUCUGUCAUGGAGCACUCCAGAUCCGUGGGAAUCAUAUCUGAUGGUGGCUGUUUUCUGGGGAAUCACACUGUAUGGGAGUGAGAUCAUCCGCUUUGCCAGCCCGAUCAUCGUGGUAGUUGGUCUCAUCCUGGGAAUGUACUCCAGACGCUAUUCGCCUCUGUCGUCCACCAGCAAAACCGGAGAGAAACAUACAGCCAAGGGCCACAGAAGGGAACCUUCGGAAUCUCAGUCGCACCACAAGACUCUCGAUGAGAUUGUCGAGACACUACAGGAAUUGACCGCACGGUGCAAUGUCCUGUUGGAUCCCUUCCUCAAGCUAACCGAUUUUCUUUCUACCCAGACGACGCCGACGGCCGCUACGACCCGGCCAGCUUUGACGACUCUCUUCAUCCGUGUUCUUUUCGUAAGCCCCUUUUGGAUAAUCCUGACUCUUCCGCCGUUCUAUAUUUUGACUCCUCGAAGAGUCAUCCUUGCUGUUGGCACCAUAAUAUUGACCUGGCAUUCCAAGCCGGCCAGGGUGUCUCGGGUUAUCCUCUGGCGUUCGGUCUUCAUGCGCAAGGUGGCCGCGUUUGUCACCGGGUUGGAGUUUGACACGUCGCCGAAUGCUAAACUUGAAGCGUCGAACCGACCAUCAAUUGGGAGCAGGUCGAAAUCUCAGGGCGACCUCGCUUCAGAAUUCGCAAACAAGGGGAAACCGGACUCGUCUGGCGUUCGGUUCACGUUUAUCCUGUAUGAGAAUCAACGGCGCUGGCUGGGUCUGGGUUGGACAACUUCUUUGUUUGCAUACGAGCGCGCCCCCUGGACGGAUGAGCACCUCAACCCUGCACCGUCCAAAGAGGAAUUCGAACUCCCCGAUGUGGAGGGUGGAUUGUCCCGGUGGAGAUGGAUCGACCCUGAAUGGCGAAUAGAGCACGGAGAUGCCAAGUCACACAAGCGGGCGACUAGCGACGGCAAAAUAGGAGCAACUGGCGUAUCUGGCAAAGCGACUGCCGACGAUGGUGGGGGUUGGAUAUACUAUGAUAAUAGGUGGGAAGAUGGACGGAGGGAGGACGGUUGGGGCAGGUAUACAAGGAGACGCAAGUGGUUCCGUGAUGCCGAACUCGUCGAAGCAACGCCGAGCAUUGAGGACACUCCAAGCAUCUCUCCAGCACACCCUUUAUCUGACACGGAAGAGGACAAGGUGAGGAAAGCCAAAGAGUUUGCCAAUGGGGUGAGCGGAUCGGGGGACAGCGUUACCGCAGACUCGAAACAUCCUACAGAGAAAUCAUCUAGGCCAGAACAAAAAUCAAACGAUGCCAGCAGCAAUGCCAGAUCACUACCAGCAAAGAAACCAGGCAGCUGGUUCUCGAAAAGAGACCGCAGUGAUAGCAAGAGUUCUAGCGGGAAGAAUACAGGCCAGUUCAGCACACGGAGCGAUCGGAGUCGCGACGGACCAGAGGACGACGUACUGGAUAAAUGGCGAGAUGGUUCUGGCCACCGGGCAUUCAGUGUUCAGGAGGACGUUGCAAUGAGUCUUGGAUAG